UAAAGGUUGUUACUUCCUUUUGGCGCGAACGAAGGUCAUCAAACCUGACUGAAGUUAGUACAUUGCCAUUAUGCCAAGAAUCGACAGUGAUAUCAAAUUGGAUUUCAAGGAUGUGUUGGUCAGACCAAAAAGAAGUACACUGAAGAGCAGAUCAGAGGUUGAUCUGACUCGUAACUUCAGCUUCAGAAACUCCGGUCAGAACUACUAUGGGAUUCCCGUCAUGGUGGCCAACAUGGACACCACAGGGACGUUUGAGAUGGCCAAGGCUAUGGGCAAGCAUGCCAUGUUCACAUGCAUACACAAGCACUACUCUGUGGACGCCUGGAAGCAGUUUGCUGAGGAAGCUAAAGAUAUUAUACAGCAUGUUGCGGUGAGCACAGGGACUGGAGAAGGAGACCUACAGAAGAUUUGUGAGAUACUCGAGGGUGUUCCUGCCAUCAAAUACAUUUGUGUCGAUGUCGCCAACGGUUACUCGGAACAUUUUGUCCAGUUCGUCAGAGAUGUCAGGAAAAGGUUCCCAAAGCACACAAUUAUGGCUGGAAACGUUGUGACAGGUGAGAUGGUUGAGGAGUUAAUCUUGUCUGGAGCCGACAUCAUCAAGGUCGGCAUUGGCCCGGGAAGUGUAUGUACGACCCGUAAGAAGACCGGUGUUGGUUACCCACAGCUCAGUGCAGUCAUAGAAUGUGCUGACGCUGCACAUGGACUCGGCGGACAUAUUAUCUCUGACGGUGGUUGUACAUGUCCAGGAGACGUUUCCAAGGCCUUUGGAGCUGGAGCUGACUUUGUCAUGUUGGGCGGCAUGUUUGCGGGGCACACAGAAUCUGGCGGAGAAAUCGUGGAAAAGAAUGGAAAGAAAUUUAAACUUUUUUAUGGCAUGAGCUCUGCCACUGCCAUGAAGAAACAUGCUGGAGGCGUGGCAGAGUACAGGGCUUCUGAAGGGAAGACUGUCCAAAUCGAGUAUAGGGGUGAUGUGGAAUAUACCAUCUUGGACAUCCUAGGGGGUGUGAGGUCCACUUGUACAUAUGUUGGUGCCGGUAAGCUGAAGGAGUUGAGUCGGAGGACAACAUUUAUACGAGUCACCCAGCAACUUAACGAGGUGUUCAGCGCCUUCACGAAGGAGCAUUGAUAGCCAGGAAGCUAUUCUGUGAUAUAUCUUGUCUUGUUUAAAUGUGAAAUGUUUGCAACUUUUAGAAGAAUCGCUCUUUUUUUUUGGUUUUAGGCUUAAUAUAGAUGAAGAAAUCAAACUAUAUUAGAAAUCCAUAACUUCUUUUUUUAUGGAUAAUUUUUUUUAGGUUUAAAAACAAUUUUUACCAACUUUUAACCAGUUUUACUAACCUGCUGUAAGAUUGAGAAGUAUUUCUUUUGGUUUACAACUAAGUAAAAAACAUGUCAGUAUUAAGCUGGAAUUUCAUUGACAAGAUCUAAACAUAGAGGAUAAACUGCAAGGCCUCAACUCCACAAAGUUAGCUCAAUAAGAAGGGUCUCAUAACCCUCUUUCAACUGUUUUUGUUAGGAAAACAACUUCUGAGGAGACUUACAGCCGCUAUUUUACAAAGCAUUAUGGAAAGGCCUAGAGUUGCUAAAUUCAUAUAUACCAAGGAUAAAAACUACAAGCCUUUUCCGUUUUCAUUAUGACCUGAUUUUCAAUAAGCUAGAUAAUUUAUAUUUACAUAAAAAUAAAUCACAUUUCUUGGACUGAAGCUGGAUGCGAAAAAAGCAUAUUAAUCACCAAAGAACAGCAGGUCAAGGUUCAAAUCUACGCAUUACCAAAUUCCUAUCAGAAUACCUCUAUUGAUUUACACCAGUUCUGUAGUUCUUAUGAAUCCAAUUCAAUAUACAAUGUAAAAUAAAAAUCAAUCGAGUUGAUUUUUCAAGGGAUAACAAUACAACAAACAAAUUGUUGCUUAAAUUUCAUGUUUUGUAAUUACGUAUUUAUAUUUCUGUAUUUAUGAUUGGAUUGUGAACGUGUAUGUGGUCCACUGCACUACUGUGUUCCGUUCGAAGUAGUUGGAGUUUCAAUGGAUGGCACAAAGUUAUAUCAAUUUUAUGCUUGCUGAUUUCAGAUAAAAAUAUAUAUUUUUGAAGAAUUUUCAGAAAUCAUUUAUCUUCUUUUUAAAUUGUCUCUUUAAAUGAUGUGAAAAUAUCUUCACUUACUGUAGUAGUGAAACAAGGUGUAUGUCCCAAUUAUCUAUCUGUGAUUGUUUCCCAGUAUCUGCUUGUUUGUAAUGGUUAACAGGUGUAUAUAGUCAGGGUUGUAAGAUACAAUACACAGAUUCAAGCUGUAGGACAGUUACUCUGUAUUCAAUAUAAUCAUUAGAAAUCUUUCUGAAAAUUAAAAUAAAUCGGAUAAAUUGCAAAUCGUGUUUGCCAGUGCAGGCUAAUUGGCAUUAUUACCGGUAUAAACAAAUCUAUCAUUGUGUGCUGAUCUACUUCUUGCUUAAUAAUCCGAAAUAUAUGAAUCAAUGUAACAAAUCAGAUUUGAUUUAGCUCAGGGCUAUUUAAAAUAAUAAUCAAUAACAUGCUUUUGUAUGUUAAUGAAGUACAGUAUUAGCAUAAGGUAUACAUAUGUACAUGUACCAUAUUACCGGGUAAGGUGACCAAUCUCUAAGGACUGGUGCUUAUCCCGAUGUUGUAGAGGAUUUUAAGAACGAAGUAUUAGAAGAUUUAUGUGUAUUACAUAUAGAUAUGAAUUAAAUUUGAUUGCACUGGUGAUUUAAAUGUUAAACAUUGAUUUUGUGGAUUUAUAAGUCAGUUGAUUUUCUCUGCCAUGAACAUUUAACUGAAAGUUGUUAUUUUACGCAUCAACAAUGACUGUUUAAAUUGAUUGCUAAUGAAGAGAAACUGGUUAUAUCUGGCUAUACAUACCAGGUACAUUCGGUAAACUGGAAAAUUCUGAACCAGUAAUUGUGCAAAAAAAAAGGAAACGGUGAAAAUUUCAACCAACUGUUUCAAUAUGAUGCUGUUAAAUUGACAAAGAGAAGUUCUUACUGCUGUGGAUGGGCAUUUAUUACUGAAUGUAGUACUGCUGCUGCUGCCAGAGUGUGAAGAUUGUUAUUGUUUAACAUGUUAUUUUUUUUGUCUUGUGCUCAUUGAUCUUGUUAUUUUGUAUUCCUUUGGUUACCAUGGUAACUUGUGUUCCUAUUGAAUUUUUGUUGCCAGGGUAAUGUUCUUGAGGUGCCAUUGCGUUCCCAUGUCUGUGACAUAUACCCAGGGUAUGUAUCUACACAGUGGCUUUAAACAUGUAACAUAUUUACCCAGGGUAUGUAUCUACACAGUGGCUUUAAACAUGUAACAUAUAUACCCAGGGUAUGUAUCUACACAGUGGCUUUAAACAUGUAACAUAUAUACCCAGGGUAUGUAUCUACACAGUGGCUUUAAACAUGUAACAUAUAUACCCAGGGUAUGUAUCUACACAGUGGCUUUAAACAUGUAUUGUUGAGCAUUUCCCCCUAUUGUACUAAUGUUUUGAAAACAAUUAAAAGUUUUGUGACUCUUUAA